AUGGCUGAAAUUCCCGAAAAACUGGAGCAAUUGGACAUCAACAAGGCUGAACAGGGUCCUGCUGAAGUCGUUGAUCACGUGAAUCCUGCAAACUCCGAUGCCGACGAGGCCCUAAAGGCCGCCGAAAAAUCGGCCGUGGAGAAUGUGGAAAAUGCGGACGCGGACGUGGAAAUCAUGGAAGUUGAUCAGGAUUUGGAGAGUUUGGACUUGACCAGACAUCGGAUCCCCAAAAUUGAGGGUCUCGACUUUUUGCGGAGUCUGAAGUCGCUGUGUUUGCGAUGGAAUUUGUUGAAGAAGAUUGAGAACUUGGAUGCGUUGAAAACUUUGGUCGAUUUGGAUCUGUAUGAUAAUCAGGUGAGUGGAGAGCCCGAUUUAUAGCUGGAUUGGGUCGUGAGCUUUGAUUUGAUGGUAAAUGUAGGCCAUUUAGCUUCGUAUUUUCAUCGAUUUUUUGCUAAUUUUUUCGAAGGACAUCAAAAUUGGGCCUAAAGUAAUAUAAUGGCUGUGGUGGAUUACUUUAUAGAUUAGAUGAGGGGAAGAUAAUAUUAAUGGUUGGAUUUGAUAAUGAGCUUCGAUUUGACACCAAAUUCGGCCUGUUUACAGCCAGUUUUUAUAGAGUUAUAACCGUUUUUCGCCAAGACAUCAAUUUGCUAUCCAAAAUAAUAUAAAAUGGCUAGAAAAACUUUUUUUUAGAUAACGAAGAUUGAAGGACUCGACUCGCUGGUCAACUUGGAGAGCCUGGACAUCUCGUUCAAUCGUAUUGCAAAGAUUGAAGGUUUGGAAAACCUCAAAAAUCUCAAGAAUUUGUACUUGGUUCACAACAAAAUUUCCAAAAUCGAGGGCCUUGAUAAUGUAAGUUUUGCAAUUUUUUUUUGCUGUUUUGGACACAUGAAGUAUAUUUCAAUUUUAGCUGAUCAAUUUGGAAUACCUGGAGCUGGGCGAUAAUCGAAUCAAGAAAAUCGAAAAUUUGGAGAACAACAAGAGCUUGGAACGGCUAUUUUUGGGGGCAAAUCAGAUCAGGAAGAUUGAAAAUGUUGGUCAUUUGGAUAACUUGAAGGUUCUCUCACUUCCUGCUAAUUGCAUCACAGUGAUUGAGGUACGUUUUUGCGAUUUUUUUGAGGAAAAUUUAGGACAUUUUUUUUGAAAAUUGUGAAGUUUGACGGAUAAAACAAUGGUUUUGGAUGGAAAAUUAAAUUUCUUGGAAGAAUAAGGUCUAAAAAUAUGUUGAAAUGAUUUUUGGGUUGAUUUUAUAUCAUUUUUUGUUUAAAAGCACCAGCAAAAAAGUUUCUGAUCUCGGGCGGGCUCGAACCGCCGGCCUUCUGUGUGUUAGACAGAUGUGAUAACCACUACACCACGAGACCACACGGCCCUUUCUCUUUCGGUUCGCCCAUUUUUUUGCGGAAGAGAGGGCCGCUUUCCUUGCGUUUUCCCUCUUUUUUGUUGUUUCUCCUGAAAUCUCGUUAUAAUUUAGAUUUUUUUUUGCGUUUUCAGAACCUUGAAGAUCUCUCCGGCUUGGAGGAGAUCUAUUUGAGUCAAAAUGGAAUCAAAAAAAUCGAGAAUUUGGAUAAAAAUGUGGGCUUGAAGGUCCUGGACGUGAAUUACAAUCGACUGGACCAUAUCGAAAAUGUCUCGCAUCUGAAGAAUCUGACCGAUUUCUGGGCCAAACAGAACAAUUUGACGGAUCUGAGUGAGGUCGAGAAGGAGCUGGGAAAGUUGACCAAAUUGAACUUGGUCUAUCUCGAUUUCAACCCGUUUUCGAAGGAUUCUACGUACAGGUGGGAGGAAAUUGGAAAAAAAAUUGAAUAUUGAUGGCUUUUAUGAGAUUUUAGACCCAAAGUUAUUCGAAUGCUCCCAUCUUUGGAACGUCUGGAUGCCAUUUGCUGUCGCCCGCCGAAACCGAGAAUUGAAGAGCUGGAUGAGCAAAAUGUGGAUGAAGUUGGUGUCUAA